AUGUUGAGCAGGAUGGAUACAUCUUGGGAUUACAUACUCAAAUACGUUAUUCUGGGAGAUUCAGCGACUGGGAAAUCAUCUCUCUUAAUACGGUUGACAGAUGAAAGGUUUGAUUUGACAGAACCAACAUUAGGUGUCGAGUUCGGGAGUCGCAUAAUAUCAGUUGGAGAAGAUGGCAAGAGGGUCAAAGUGCAGUGCUGGGACACAGCAGGUACAGAAUCAUUCCGAUCGAUAACGCGGAGUUACUUCAGAGGUGCAGCUGGUGCUUUAUUGGUUUAUGAUGUGACUAGGAGAGAAUCUUUUGAACACGUUACAUCAUGGCUCGAAGAUCUACGUAAAUAUGCGGAUGAAAACGUCUCUAUCAUUCUGGUCGCAAAUAAAAUCGAUCUAUGCUGCCCUAAUCAACAACCUCUCCCUUCAAUACAGUACGGACAUCCCUUCCCUGCUCCGGAUUCACCACUGUCGGCUGGAUCAUCUCGCUCACGUUCACAUUCUCCUUCCCCGCCCUCAAAAUCAUCUACGGGUCUGAAGCCCCGCGCAGUCUCGACGAUGGAAGGAGCAUUAUUCGCUAAAGAAUACGGUUUACUGUAUGUGGAAACUUCUGCUAAAGAAGGUUGGGGUGUGACCGACGCUUUUGAAUGGACAGCUAGAGAAGUUUUGGAAAAGGUCAGGAAAGGUGAGAUGGAAAGACGGAAACCCGCAGUGAGACUAAAGGAUGCUGAAACGAGUCAAGGAGGAAAGUGUUGCUGA